CUUCAUGCCCAUUUCCUCUUCUCCCUCCCUCUCGCAUAAAAAACCCAACACACCUUCCAUCCCAAGCACGCUCCAAUACCAUCCCUCCUCUUAAUUCCAAUAUUAUUGGUACCAACGAAUUCCAAUUCCUCCCUGUGCUUAGUAUCACCAUGCCCAUGGCUUCGUCUCUGCUUUCUUCUUCAAAUGUUGUGAAGAUGCUGGUGUUCUCUUUUAUGCUCAGCUCUUCAGUAGUACUCCUCUCGUCUGCAGCCAACUUCUACGAGAACUUUGACAUCACUUGGGGAGACGGUCGUGCUCAAAUUCUCAACAAUGGCGACCUUCUCACUCUUUCCCUCGACAAAGCCUCUGGAUCUGGUUUUCAAUCCAAGCAGGAGUACCUCUUCGGCAAGAUCGACAUGCAGCUCAAGCUCGUCCCCGGUAACUCCGCAGGCACCGUCACUGCCUACUAUUUGUCGUCCCAAGGAUCGACCCACGACGAGAUAGACUUCGAAUUCUUGGGGAACUUGAGUGGAGAUCCCUACAUUCUUCAUACCAAUGUUUUCGGCCAAGGCAAAGGCAAUAGGGAGCAGCAAUUCUAUUUGUGGUUUGAUCCCACUGCUGACUUUCACACCUAUUCCAUCCUCUGGAAUCCUCAAGCCAUAAUCUUUUCUGUGGAUGGCACGCCUAUUAGGGAAUUCAAGAACAUGGAAUCAAUGGGUGUUCCCUUUCCUAAAAAUCAGCCGAUGAGAAUAUACUCCAGUCUUUGGAAUGCGGAUGAUUGGGCCACAAGAGGUGGGCUGGUGAAGGCAGACUGGACCCAAGCACCCUUCACCGCCUCCUACAGGAAUUACAAUGCUGAUGCUUGUGUGUGGUCAUCCGGAGCAUCUUCAUGUAGUUCACCUCCAUCUUCUUCAACCUCUGGUACUGCGAAUUCGUGGCUCACUCAGGAAUUGGAUUCUACUAGUCAAGAAAGACUAAAAUGGGUUCAGCAAAACUACAUGAUUUACAAUUAUUGCACGGACACGAAGCGCUUCCCACAAGGUCUCCCUCUAGAGUGCACUUCCAGCAUCCCUUAAUUGAAGAGGAUCCAGUCACUUUUUUUUUUUUUUCUUUUUCUUUUUUUUUUUGGCCUUCAAUCUCAUUUAAUUAAUUUAUUCAUUCAUUAUUUAGUGCCUUGGUAUGUGCAUAUGUAUAUUCAUUCGUUUUAAUUGAUGUACCAUGUAAUACCCUCUACAAUCAUAUUAAUUCCAUAUUGUAAAACUUGAAGAUUGUGCAGACCAAAA